AUGAAACUGCUUCAAGGGACCAUACUUUGUCUUCUUCUGUCCAGUCUUUGUAGCGGUGUGGACGACGCAGAAGUCAAAGAUACAGCCACUCCUGUAUUAUCAUCAACUUCUGCAACAAAAACAUCUGUAUCAGCAUCAAACACAACGUCAUCACCAAAUGUUGUGGAGAAAUCAACAGUUGAAAUAUCUACUAAAGGAGCUACCAGCAAGGAACCCUUAGAAACAUCUCUGCUGUCAACACUGUCUUCAGUAACCACAGCAGUUAAUGGUGAAGGAUCUACAGCCAAAGGUGCCACGAAGACUGAGUUCAUCACUACAAGAACAACAGUGAUAAAUCUUCCACUUUCAAAUGCUAUUUCAACACUACAAAGUCCCCAAUCCAAGACUGAGAUUCAGAGUUCAAUCAAAGCCACAGAAACACCAGUUAACACUCUACGACCAGAUGCGUCACCUUCCAGAAUCCCUACAUUAUCCUCAAUAUCAGUAACAAUUCUGGAUAACAUCUCCCAGUCUCAAGGCACUGAGAAUGCAAAAAAUGCAAGCUCUUCUUCAACCAGCCCCUCUUAUUCCAGUAUUAUUUUGCCUGUGGUUAUUGCUUUGAUAGCGAUAACACUUUCAGUCUUUGCUUUGGUGGGUUUGUAUCGAAUGUGCUGGAAGAAAGACCCAGGCACGCCUGAAAAUGGAAAUGACCAACCUCAGUCCGAUAAAGAGAGUGUGAAGCUUCUCACUGUUAAGACAAUUUCUCAUGAGUCUGGUGAGCACUCUGCACAAGGAAAAACCAAGAACUGA